UUGAAGGCUGCAUUAUUUAAGAAAUUAAUUUGAAGGAUUAGUGAACUUCUUCACAAUUUUAGACUUGUUCUGGAUCCCCACAUGAGGGAGGAUAUAACGUAGAUACUUCCUCUUCAUCUUCUUCACUCUUGAGCUUUUGUAACGCUUGGAAAGAGAGCCAGAUCUUGAUGACCGAGAAGACCUUGAUGAACUUUUGUAUCUUCUUCGAGAACUUCUCCCAGAAUGGACUGAAUAGCCUCUUGAUGGAGUGUAUUUUCUGCUGAAUUUCAUCUUUCUUCCAGGGAAAGCGGUCCACAUUCCUGCUUUGCUCAUUGUCUUCUUGCCAUUAUAAUGACUAAGGUUCAUUAAUCUCUUUUUCUUAGUUUUUCGCGAUUUAGCAAGAAUGUUCAUGCUAGAGGGAGGAAAAACCUGAACUUCAGGAUCCUGAAUUGGAGGUACGAUCUCUGGAGUAUUCAACUUCUUUUCUUUCAGAGUUUUUUCUUUAUCAUCAUAUCGAUUCUAGUACAUUUCUAACAACUUUCUUUUCUCAGUGUUCUCAAGCUCUCCAUCCUUGUGUAAAAGUAGCUGUUGCUAUCUGGAGAAGAGGUACUGGAUUACUGAUAUCUUAAUUGCAUUUUGAUUAUUUAUUAACAAUACUUAUUUC